ACUGCUCUCGUCUUCCUCUCUGUCACUAUCUCCCUCUGCCUCCUCCCCUCCUCCCCCUCUCUCUCCCGGAGACUUUUUCCCCUCAGAAACAUUUUAAUGAAUUGGCUGCUUCUUCCUUGUGAAUUGCCUUCACAAUUAGGCAGCAUUGAUUGCAGCGACUCUCGUUGGACCUUGUUGCUGAAGUGGACCAGGGUUUCUCAGCUGAAAGAAUGAAGGUUAAUGAGAGUUGACCAUGUAUCUGUGUGUGCGUCAGAGGGGUGAGGGACCAAUGGGUGACAGCGGCUGGUGACCUAAAGGUGGCUGGGGGGAGGAAGGUGGAGGGAACACAAUUUUUUAAAAGGUCAGAGGCGACGAAUGUUAGAGAAGAUACAAGUUGGACGGUGACACAAGGUAAGAAAUGGGACUGAACUGAAUUUCUUUGUGUUUUUUUUCCUUUUGUUUACUUUUAAACUUUUAAGAAAAUGUUUUUAAUGUAUUUAUUUGUGACUAAUGCAGCUAAGACGUUGCUCAGUGAUGCUACAACAGGUCUUAUUUGUUAUUUUUAUUUGCACUGAUGAAGGUCCGGCGACUGAAAGCUUUCUGAAUGACAUUAUUCCAUCUUACCGUUCUAAGACGAGCCUUAUGGAAGACAAACAUGACGGACUUUAGCAGCUGCUCAAAAUUUACAUGGUUCAUGGUAGUUGGAUAAAGAAAGAUAAAGACUUACCAUUUGUUAUUUCUGUAUUUUUUUGCAAACAACACCUGCUUAUUUUUAUUCAAGGAAAAAAUAUCUUCUGUCCAGAUGCAUAUUUUAUGUUUCUAAAUGCAUGUGCCUUUUGUCUUGUCAGCAGGAUUUCUCAAAAGCUUCUGAUUUGAUUAGAUUAGAUUUCAAUUAAAUUAAAAAUGUUUAGUCUGAAGUGUUGAUUGAGCUCUACAAAAGUACAUGUUUGUGUUAUUAGUGCAUGUUUUAAAUCAAUUUCUCUGAUAAUUUCUUUAAAUGAUUUCCUUUCUCUGACUGUAAUAAUAAUAUCUCUGUUACACCUGCUUAAGAUCUAAUGUUAAACUAGUUGAUUUUCUUUAUUUGUCUCAGAGCAUUUUUCAUAUAGAGCAGGAGACUGUAGUAUCAUUUAUAGAGACCCAACUUUCCUCCAUGAGCAGACACUUGGUGACAGUGGAAAAGCUUCAGGUAGAUCCGGGCUCUGGGUUGGCGACCGUCUGUCUUGACCGGUGAUGUUUAGAAAGAAAGCAAGAAAGAGAAAAAAGUAAUAACAGACUACUUACUUAUUUCCCCUGUUUCUGUUUUCAGAUGAGUCCAUCUUUCCAUCCCAGUGCCUCUCAGCUCACCCUCCUCUCCCUCACCCUCCUCUGCCCCAUCCCACGGACUGUCACAUCCUACCCCCUCUCCCCCACCGGCCCACUACCCACAGCAGACGGACCUGAGCUGGAGUCUGCCCGGCUGCACCUCCAGGAGGACCAGAGGGACGAAGGGCUCAUCCAGCCUGAAGCCUGGGCCAAGGGGCAUCAAGACCCUUGGCGAGCGCUGCUGGAUCCCAGAGAGGAUGGGUCCUGGGAGGAGGAGGAAGAGGAUGAGGCGCUGAAAAGGGCCCAGAGAGGAGACCUGAUGGCCCGACCGCUGUCACCCUUCCCUGGGGGUCACUCUCUGGAGAGCAUGUACUAUCAGGAUGGAGGAGAAGGGGAGGAUGGGGGGAAGAGGAAUGAAGCUCUGACCUCCAUCAUUGGGGGGCUCCAGGCCGUCAGCCGAGAGAAAGGGGGAUUCGGUUUCCGCUUCGGGAGGAAAAGAUGGACUGACCGAGGAUGGAGGGAUGAAGGGAGGGGGAGCACAGAGGAGGAGAGGUGGAACUGAUGAUUAUCGGAAAAUAAAGAGAAGUCUGAAAAAGAGGGUAAAACUGUGAGGAGAUUUAAAUGCAAAUUUAAAUGCAUGAAUGUUAUUUUUUGCUCCAGAAUCAGGGAACAAAGAAAAGUGAGACACUUAUUUUAUAGUGACUGGUUGUACAGAAAGAGAAAGACUCAGCAUCAGCUUCAAAAGUUAAAGCUUCUCUGCAAAAGUCAAUGUAAAUGUUAAAGUCAUGAUAUCAAAAGAGUGUAAUAAUAUAUGUACAUAGAUCUAUAUUGGAUUUAGACCUUUGUAAAUGUGUUCAUUCGUUGGCUUGAAAUGAAUAAAAAGCUGCGAGGUGCAGCCGAUAGUACAAACCUCUCAACACAGAUUCUUGGUUUGAUGUUUGUUUCCUUCAGUUGUUUAUUCUGUCAAAAUGUCCACACACAAAACACUCAGCACCUGUAGCUUAACUACUAUAUGUUCCU